AUGGACAAGAAACGUAAGGCUCAUCAGCCAAAAGCUUCGGACCAUAUUCAACUGCACGAGCGCUGCUUCCGGAUCCGCUUUACUGGCGAGCUGUACUCAACUUACGAGGAGUACAUAGAGCAGCUUUUGGCAUAUCAGAGCAGAAACUGGUCUUGUGGUCUGACGGGAAAGAGCAAGUUGACGUUUGAAGAAGCACAGCUGAGCGAGAGGACAGCACAGAAAAAGGUUGACGAUGCUUUCCCGGAGUUCUUCGUAGAGCCCCUCUGUCGGAUGGUUCAUAUGUCGCAAACCAGGAUGGACGACCUCAUCGAGUUUGUCUAUAAGAGACUUCAGUGCUUCAUGAACGGAGAGGAGGUCGAGUACUUGCGCGGAGAUCAGCCUCCUCUCUUCGCUCGCAUCGUCAGACCUCUGGACGUCGAGGAUGACUUCUGGACUAACAUCGAUGCGGAGGCUCCCUUGCCCACGAGAUACCUCGUGGAGCUGCUGUCAGAGGAGGGGCUGCCAGUCGCUGAUGAGAUGGAGCACGACCAUGCUGAGAGCCUGAACGGGAUGAUGGACGAACCCGGCGAGACCGAGGAGAAUGAGGCCAGGUACCUGCAGAUCGAGGCUGCUCAGCUUCGCCGAUUGAAGUCGCGGAACAUCUCGAGGAUUACUCUCAAGUCAAAACUCAGAACCGUCGGGUCCAGGCAAAGCUACUGGCAAGCUCCCUUCCUCUGCGAGCCCGAGCUCGUGUCAAGGUUCGGUCUUCGAGAAGAGCUCCCCCCCCACAUGCGGCGCCUGCAACUUCAGUAUGAGGUGCGGGUCGGCAAGCUUGACAAAGAAGCUCUCGCUGAGUUGGGCGUUGAUCCGUCCGAACUUGUGAAGAAGAAGAAGAAGAAAUCGACAGAUGUAGACAAGGAUCCUCAGAAGAUCAUGAGGCAAGUUUUGAAAACUCCAGCUCAAAAGCGCAUCUGGGAAAUCGGAAGGACUGGGAAACUCAGCACCACGUCGGAUAUGUCAGUUUUUGAUAUCGCCCAAAGCUUGUAUCAAGACUGGUUACACGGUGACGGGAGCAGGGGAAUAGAAGCUGGCCUGACAGCAGAGCAAUACUUCAACGAUAUCUACGAGAUGAUUCAGUUGGUCUUGUCUGUGUGGCCUCAAGAUGCUGAGAAAUCUUUCUUGCCGUUUCCGGUGGAAGACACUAUGCUCCCGCCCGAUCCUUCGCUGGAGGAACGGCCGCAACCCAUCACGUCACUGUUUGUUCCCGACAGCGAUCUUGUUCUUCCUUCUGAGCUGCUGGGGAAGGUUCUUCAGAUCUGGGACUUCAUUCAGCGAUACCACAAGAUUGUCAGAUUGUCUCCCUUCUCCUUGGAGGAUCUGGCAGGUGCUGUGUGCUACCCGACCGAGACUCCUUUGGCAACAGAGUUUCAUUGUGCGUUCUUGAGAUAUCUGCUGCAUCAGUCCAUGGAGGCCCAAGCGAAGGAGGAUUCAGAUAGAAGAGAGUUCAAGCGAGAGGACGAGGACUAUGACGAGAACGCGUGGUCUGAAUCGACGAUCCCCAUGCCCAAACCUUCAGCUGUCGAUGAAACUCGAUGGUCGAGUACUCUAGUAGCAUACCUGCAAGCCAGCAGAUCGACAGCCGUGGACAUUCUUCCCUCCCUUCCCAGCGAAACUCUCGAGGUGCUCGAGACUGGAGGAUUUGACGAGAUGACGAUGCAGAUGCGGGUGGACGUGAUGUGCCUGCUGUGCGACGACGCCUGCGCCACCUCGGGGAUACACCAGCAGCUGAAUCAGGCGUUUGAAGAGACGAGGGAGAUUCAGAAAGGGCUGCGAGAGGAAGAGCAGAAGAUAAAAGAGCAGAAGAAAGAAGCAAGACUGGAAAAGCAGCAGGCGAAGGAGAGGAUUCAGGCGGAGAUUCAGAUCCAGAUGGAAGCUAAGGGAGAAGGAGCUGAGAAAGAGGAGGAGACGAAAAAGUCAGGAAAGCAGAAGAAAUCUCAAGAGGAGGAUGAGAAGCAGAAACAGAAGAAGAUUGCAGCAGCAGCUAAGCAAGCUCUUGCUGAGCAGAAAGAGAAGGACGCGAAGAAACAGGAGCAGGAGCGCGAGGAGCAAGAAAAUUUGCGAAGGAAGCUCGAGAGUGAGUUGGAGAAGCACGUGGUCCGGGUGCUUCCUCUAGGGUUCGAUCGCAGCAAGCGGUCCUACUGGCUCUUCUCCUCCAAGGACUCGCGGAUCUUCGUCUACGAUCCCACUAGCUCGUCGCAGUCAAACAGCAGCGAGGAAGCGACGGACGCGAGUGUAGCAGAUGCCUCCAUCAGUGAGUUCUGGGGAUACUACGACCGCACUGAUCAAAUCGACGCGCUCCUUGCCUUCCUCAACCCACACGGGUUGAGAGAAGGAGAAUUGUAUGAAAAAUUGUCCAAUCGCUACAUGACGGUGACCAACAAUAUGCGAAAAAAACUGCAGGAGGCCAACAAGCAGGAGAUGGCGAAUGCUGCUCGACGAUCAGCAAGGAUUGCGUCUGACAGCACAGUCAAGCAGCAGUCAUUCUUGCUGUACCGCAAUCACUUGAAGGUCGACCCUUCCAGGGAGAGAUCGAAGAGGUGA